CUGGUGGAUUGGAACUCUGUAAUCUGCUUAGCUUGAUUUUAAGCAUGGAUUCUUCAGAGAAGUCUACAACUAAAGAAAUGUCUAACAGUGAAGUCAACAGGAAUCUGAAACAAAUUCUUCAUAUCAGAUUGCUUCAGACAAAACUGUUGUAGUCCACGAUGAGCCAAAGUGCAUCACGGAAGAAUUAUCAAAAAACACACAAGAGUAAGGAAUAUCCUCCACUUCAGAAUCUACAUGUAUAAAGGAGGAACUGGCCAGAAUUGAUUCUAAACAAUUUGUGCCUGAUCAAGAUCCGCUGUUAUGUCCACUAAUACAGGAAAGUAAAAAAGAUAUGGAACAAGCAAAGUUAAACUUUGAAACAAAAAUGAAAAACUAUAAAAGAAAAUCAAAUGUGACCAAAGAGAAAUCAAGGAACCAACACUUAAAAGUGAGCAUAUCUAGUUCUACUAGAUCUACUGAUGACAUUAAUAACACUGAUGAUAUGGAUCAAAACAAUACUUUUCAAACCAAUGAAGAAGUGUCACCUGUGAAAAAUUCAGGGAAAGAAUCAUCUGUUCAUAAAGAACUUCUCCAAUCUAAAUCAAUUCUAACAUCUGAGGCAAAUGGCCCAAUCACAGAGAAAUCAUGUACAGUGUCAUUAUGUAGAUUAACUGAAAAAGACAUUUCACAAAUGCUACAUCACCAGUGUGCAGGUUGUUCCCAUAUAAGAACCUCAAAUACGACCAAAGAGAAAUCAAGGAACCAACAUGUAAGAGAGAGCCCAUAUAGUCCUACAGUUAAUAACGCUACUGACAUUGAUCAGAAUGAUUCUUUUCAAUCUAAUGAAGAAAUGUCACUUGCAAUGCAUUCAAGGAAAGAAGCAUCUCUAUAUAAAGAAUUGUUCCAGUCAAAAACUAUUCAAGCAUCUGAGUCUAGUACCUUAAUUAAAGAGAAACCAUGUACAGUAUCAUUAUGUAGAUUAACUGAAAAAGAUGUCUCAAAACUGAAAUAUAGACACAACCAAUUCAGAUUCUGCAUAAAAGAUGAUGAUCUACAAAUUAACAAACUCCCUGUAAAAAUUGUAAAAAAUCAAAAACCAAAAAAGCUUACAAAGACAGGUGGAAGCGCUGAUGCUUCAAAGCAUAAGAGAGUAUCAUGUGAAAUAUGUUCAAAGGUGUUUGCAAAUAAUGCAUCUCUCUAUACGCAUAAUAUAAUUCACGGAGAAAAAAAAUUCAAGUGUGACAUCUGUGGCAAGGC